AUGGUGGCAAUGGCUACCAAUUCAGAAGAGGAGAAUCGGGGGAAGGAAGACAAGAAAAACAAGCGCAUUCAUCCUACCAUGAGAGCCAAAAAGCAGAGUUUCAGGAAAAGAAAAGACUGUGUUCUGAAGAAAAGUAUGGAACUCUCUGUUCUUUGUGAUAUCAAGGUUUGUGCUAUUGUCAUUGAUGCAAACGGGAAGGUUGAAACUUGGCCAGAAAACAAAGAUGAUCUGAUGAAAAUUGCUAAGUUGUACAAGGAUUCUCUUGAUAGGAAAGAUGGCUGUGAUAAGAAGAGGGUUGUUGAAAUUGAAUGCGGGCAGGAGGCUACCUCAGAAGCUGCUGAUCAGCAUCAGAUCAUUUUGCAUCCGCAGCAUGAAUGGGAAGAUACUGAAAAUGGGAAGGAGGCUAACUCAGAAGUUGCCGGUCGUCAGCUUAUUUCACAUUCCCAGCACGAACCAGAAGAAAUUGAUAGUUCCAUCGAGGGAUCAUCAGCGGACGAAUUCUUGAGUGACAUCAAUGACCCAAUGAAUGAUAACAUGCCUGCUGCACUGGUUGCGCGUGACGACGAACAAGCAAUGGAACCAGGAAUUGUGGAUGAUCAGAUCAAUCCCUGGUAUUCCUUUGAUGAUCGGCAAAACAUUGACGAGUGGCUCAACGCACUGCUAAACUGGAACAGUUUUGAACAGGAUGCUCUAGUGCUUGAUACACUUGAUACAAGAUUUUUGGUGUAA